GUUACAUGAAAUCAGGUUGACUAAAUGGACUAACUGAAGAACGAUCAUCUUUUGAGACUUUCCACCAGAUCUCAUGGAAACUUUGAAAUGCUGGAGUUCACUACAUGGAUAUGUUAUGUUUAUAUUCCUUACAACGGUCAGCAAAGGGUCAGCAUGUGAGGCUCCUUCAAGUCCUGAGUGCUUCAGGAAAAAUUCUGAGCAAUCUGUUUACAUGUGUGAAUGGAGCAUGAACACAACUGAGAGCGAUGUGAUAUUUGACCUUUACUUCAAUGAAAUGAAAUUUGGCAACAUAAAGGAAACCUACUUUGAGAUCGCUGAGGAACUGCUGAUCCGACAUCGAUCUGUUAACAUUUGGGUGGAAGCUCAUGUAGGAAACUUCAGCUGCAUGUCACCCAGGAAGUCUGUUGUACUCGGGGACACAGUCAAGUUUGAAACACCACAAAUAAUUUCAGUGUCCUGGGUAAAAAACAAUAGCUUAAGAAACAACAUCAGCUUAAUCUGGAAGGCUGCAGAGAACCAUCAAGCUUCAGCCGAGGUCAGGUUUCGACGAGAUGGACACCCCACAGAAUCAUGGGAAAAAAUAUCAACAUACACCACCAUGAUGACUGCACAAAGUUCUCCACAGGUCCCAACCUCACAAAAAGGGCUGACUCCUGAAUACAAGGUCAUUGUUGUGAACCUCUUGAAGCAUUCAGCUUACCAGUUUCAGAUCAGACAUCGGUCCACUCAGGCCCAAAACCCACUGUGGAGCAAAUGGUCUCCAGUUCUGAUGGUUCCUGCAGAGCUGGAACAUGAACCUGAAGUUAACAUCAAAACAAAGGUUGUAAAUGGCACUCGAGAGGUGGCACUAACUUGGAAGCCAAUGCCACAUGCAGCAGCAGUCGGAGGAGUGACCUACUGGCUGGAGGACACACAGUCUUCUCAUGGAUGUCCUUGUAAGAGGACAAAGACAAGCAGACAUCACAACAACACUGUUAUUUAUGUGUCAUACUCUGCUGUCAACAUCUCACUUACUGCCAGAAACGCAGUGGGGUAUUCUCCUUCAGCACUCAUAGAAGUACCAGCCAUACCUGCAGCAGAUUUAAAAACUUGUGACAACAUGACAUUGGAUGAAAAAUUAAAUAAGAAAACUUGCAAGCAGUGGUAUGAGCUUCGAGAUCAAGAUUCAAGGCCACAAAAUGUUAUAACCUUAGCAAGUAAGAAAAAAAAAGAAAGGGAGCGAGUAAAAAAGAAAAUGCAGGACUAUGUUCGCUACCUUCACUUUGAACACACAUGUGACAAUGAGAAGCCACGGACAGUUAAAAUGUGCCUCUUUUACAAAAAAGAGGGUGCACCACAAAGAGAACCACAGGUCUUUGCUGCUAUUAAUGACGCACACAAUUCUGCUAUCCUAUCCUGGAAAGCAACUGCCUCUGAGCACCAGCGAGGUUUUCGCACACACUACAGCCUGUGCAGCAUGAAAAUAAGCUCACAAGAAGGGCAGGAAGAGUGCCGGAAUAUAUCAGCCUCACUGACCAAAUACCACCUGGAAAACUUGGCACCGGGAGCAAAAUACAACAUCAGCCUGGCCGCAGUGACACGAGCGGGAGAAGGCCCUAAAGCCAUAAUAAGUAUCUACACACAGCCAGAGAAGCAAAUGAAUGUGUGGCUGAGUUUUGGCCUGCUGAUUGCAUUCUUUUUAGGCACAACAAUGUGCACUGUUAUCUUGAAGAGAAUCAAAAACAAGAUCUUUCCUCCUGUGCCGAAACCUGUUAUUCCAGAUUUCAACCUCUUUCAGCCGGAGAAUCAGGAGAUACUAGAGGGGAAAGAGGAGGUGAAUGAUCUAACGCUGCUCCAGCUGCAUCCAAAGGUGAAGUCUGUCCCUGAGGAUGCAGGGGAGACCACCACACUCCGAGGAGAGUGGGAUCAUGGGAGUGACAAGGACAUGGAGAAUGAGAGGGGUGAUUCGAGGAUGUCAGGAGGAACCAGUGAUGAGAGCCCCGGCUCUACAGAUCAGGCACUGAGAAGCUCCAGAGAAGGAGAAAUAACAGAUCUUGAACAAGUGGACAAUGAGAUUGCUAUGUUGAUAUACAGGAAUGGUUUGGUCUUUGAUGUGAAGGUAGAUUAGCCUUAAAAUGAAUGUAAGUGCAGAUAUUUACUGCCUCGUUGCACACGCACAAAGGGUUGAUAUAUGUGUUCAUAUGGGUUAAUACUUUUCUUGUUUCAAGAGUUUUAUAUUUUUGAACAAUAAUAUUUCUGCAUAUUCCCGUUAAGCAUCCCGAAAAAUGCAUUGUUUUUCCCAGUUUGACAUGAGUGUAUUUUUUAAUUUAUGCCAGUGACAUUUCACAUACAAAAGCCAGUAUAUGAAAGAAGGAGGGUAAUCCAGUCACAGGCUUUGUCAAUGCACGUUGUUGAUAAAACUUUUUUGUAAA